GAAUCGAGCAUCGUCGUUGAAGGCAAAUUCCAGGGACUGUCUGAUCCACCACCAUCACAGGGAUCUCAUAACGAUUUAGAGGGCAGCGCACAUGAAUUCUCAGAGCCACUACAAGCAUACAGGCCAUACGAAGUUUCUGAAAUAUCACCCACACAUUAUGGAUCAGGCAGCGCCUCAGGGAGUAUGCGGCGUGACUCUGCCGAAUUGGUCCCGGCCUGUAAGUCGAGCAACGCCUCAGAGAGUGGGCAUCACGAAGCUUAUGAACGUUCAACAUCUUAUAGAUCAAGUUCGACCUCAGACAUAAGCUCUGAGGAAUUCUCUGGGACGCUUCGAGGCGAUGGAUCAGAGCAAACCUCAGGAGACAUGGAACUUAAGGGUCGUGGUUCGCCCAGGUUACAUAGAUCUGCGACGACUGCUGAUAGUCCACAGGCGAUACCAGUGAAUGCUCGUAGUGCCUCGUGGCCACAAGUCAGGUCAAUUGACUCAAUUUUUGAAGAUCCUGUUAAGAAUUAUCAUUGGGAUGAAGUUCUAGCUAUGACGGAUAAUUGGGAAUCCAAGCGACUUGGAAAGGGUGGUUUUGGUGCUGUGUUCCUGGGGAAGUUGCAAGAUGGAAGAGAGGUGGCGGUGAAAGUCCUUGAUGCGUCUUCUCAGCAAGGAACAAAUGAAUUUCUUAAUGAGGUAAAUCUUCUCAAAAGAGUGAACCAUGUGAAUCUGGUGAGGCUCCUAGGCUUUUGCGAUGAGAAGAGACAGGUUCUAAUAUACGAAUUUGCUGAAGAAGGGAGCAUAUGGGACCAUCUUCAAGUGGGAGGAAAGCCCCUUGAAUGGAAGCAGCGUCUCAACAUUGCACUACACUCUGCUUGCGGGCUUGAAUAUUUGCACACCGGCUGCAGUUCUAGAAUCAUCCAUAGGGACAUCAAGAGUCAAAAUAUUCUUCUCACGAAGAGCAUGGUUGCCAAGGUCGCUGAUUUUGGCCUGUCAAAGUUGGGCAGCGACCAAGACAAUCUAAUGAAAACGCAUGUUACUACCAUGGUGAGGGGAACUCUUGGGUAUUUGGAUCCAGAGUAUGUUUUCUUCACUCAAUGCGAUGGGUUUUCAGGCUGAGUGAACUGGUUUGUGUAGAUUAAUCCACCACUACUCAUGCUUGAUUCUGCUCAUUUCGAUGAUUUUAGUUGAGCUCCGCAAGUUUGCAUUCUUUUCUGACGA